CCCAGUUUGUCACUCUCGUCAUAGCCUUUUAGGAGUCCCACAUGUGCAGCACAGAGGGCCUCACACUAGCCAAACCAAUGCGUGAAUUCCACUCUGUGGGACUGUCUUUGCACACAUUUCUUGCACAGGUUUUAGCUCCCAUAUAUCCAAUAUGAUUGUAUGCAAAGGUAAGGAUAAUUCUGGAGGCAUGUUACAUUCACUGCAAUGUAUAUUCCACUAACAGAUGUAUGAGCAUUAUUGCACAUACAGGCAUUUUGAUGUGUGAUGCUUUACAGACAAAAUUAGGAAAUUAACAAUCCUGUGACCCUGCCUGCAAUUAAGCCUGCACUUUGCCUGCCUAUUACAUGACGUGCUGCUGUGCCUUUUUCCCUCUUCCUUAUCCAUGGCUUAUAUCACUUGUGACAUGACAGGAAGGAUGAACAGAUGUUCUCUGAGCGCUAUUUGUGAUGCCGCCAGUAGUUUUCUCUUCACAAACACUUCCCCGGUUGGCAUUAAGCUCCACCAUCACUGAGUAUAAGUACCACGCCUUCCCGGCACACACCAAGAUCUCCCUCCAAGUGUGAUUCUUUGGGAUCUGCUGGAAGAACAGAUAUGGAAGACAGUGAGAUUGUUAGAAUCGAUAAUAAUGGAGAAAGGAAGAUGUACAAUGAAAAGAGCACAAGAGACCAGAGACCAGUGGAAAGUGGCAAAAUAAGAAUCUGAAAAACCCUUGGAUAUCUAACAGGAGAAAAGAAAUAGUGUGGAGACUGGCUGAAAGAUAAACCUCUAGUUGUUCAGUUUAUUGACUGGGUCCUGCGGGGAAUAUCCCAGGUGAUGUUUGUCAACAACCCACUCAGUGGGCUGCUUAUUCUAGCCGGACUGUUGAUCCAGAAUCCUUGGUGGACGCUCACAGGCUGUUCAGGAACUGUUGUCUCAACAUUAACGGCACUUAUUCUGAGCCAGGACAGAUCGGCCAUAGCAGCAGGACUGUUCGGCUACGAUGGGGUCCUGGUGGGACUGCUCAUGGCUGUGUUCUCUGACAAAGAAGACUAUUAUUGGUGGCUUCUACUGCCAGUUGUUGUUACAUCCAUGGCUUGCCCCGUUCUUUCCAGUGCUUUAGGUUCGGUCUUCAGGAAAUGGGACCUUCCUGUUCUCACCCUGCCUUUCAAUAUUGCUGUGUCUCUUUACUUGGCCACCACUGGGCACUGCAACCUCUUCUUCCCUACAACGCUCAUUCUGCCCAAUAUCACCUGGUCUGAGAUCAAAGCGCCACUGCUGCUACAAUCCAUUCCAGUCGGCAUUGGUCAGGUGUAUGGCUGUGAUAAUCCCUGGACUGGUGGCAUCUUCCUGGUUGCUUUACUCAUCUCCUCUCCACUCAUUUGCUUGCAUGCUGCAAUCGGAUCAGCAGUGGGGAUGCUGGCAGCGCUGACCAUUGCAACACCAUUUGACAGGGUCUACUUUGGCUUGGGGAGUUACAACCGUGUGCUUGCUAGCAUUGCAAUCGGAGGCAUGUUCUAUGCUCUUACCUGGCAGACACACUUCCUGGCACUUGCCUGUGCAUUAUUUUGUGCCUAUGCUGGAGCAGCCCUUGCUAACAUCCUGUCUGUGAUUGGAUUACCAGCCUGCACCUGGCCUUUCUGCUUCUCAGCACUUCUCUUUUUGCUACUAACUACAAAUAACUCUGCAAUCUACAAGCUGCCACUCUGCAAAGUCACUUAUCCAGAAGCCAACCGAGUCUAUUACCUGAGAAUGAAAAGAAGAGAGCAGAAACCCACUGGUGAUUAG